AUGUUUUAAGACGUAAUCUCAGAAUUCAGGAAUUUCUACAGCAACAGAAACCUCCCCUUUGAAGACUUCAUUCUGAUCCUCGAUGAAUUUGCCAAGUUGGAUGUCAGAUGCCAAUUGGAUGAGCAGACCAAAAAAUAAUUAUAUGCUUUCAUCUCAGAAAAACAAGAAGGAAUCGUCACCUAUUCCACAGUUGAGACUCUGGUCUUUGAAUUUCUCUUGCAACAAGAAAUUCCACCAUACAAAACUAACAUUCUCCCCAAGACUCUUGGAAGGCAAGCCCAGCGUUUACCUAGGGAUAUGCUGGAAGUUUUGACUAAUGACUUCCUAAUUCAAUUUAAGAAUCUCUAUAAACUGAUAGAGAACAGAUAUGGAAUUGAUAUUGAAUAUGAGGAGUUAGAAAACCUUUGUAAAGAAUUGCAGAGAACCAUGAAGAUUAACGCUGUUGAAAUGUUGAGAUACAUACAGCCCCUCGUAGAUGAGCAUUAGAAGGUGAGUAUUAAGGAGCUUCUUGAAUUGUGCAAUGAUUUAGAGAGAAUUAUUAUUAAUCAACAUAGCAAUUAAUCAAACAAAGAAGUCCAGCCACUAAUACAAAAUUAAUAAAUUGUACCGUAAUAUCAGCAUGUGUCAACUGACGAUGAAUUGCAACAAGGAACUCAGAGGCAGAGCGAAGUUGUUGAUAAGAAAGAGUACGCCAACAUUGUUUAUCAAUAAACUGAUAUCAUCAUACAGAAAAAAUAUGUCAAUUAACAAGGCAAGUAGCAUUUGAAUGAAAUCAAUCAAGCUGUCAAGAAAAUGGAAGCUCAAAUAUCUAUUUUAUAGGAUGAAGUUAAAUAAAAAAAUCAAAAAUUGGAAAGUCUAGUGGUUGAAAAUGCCAAAAAGAUCGAAGAAGCUAUGAUUGAGAAGGAGUUGGCCAAGACACAACUGCGAUAAUUUGAGUCUGAUAUUGUGAAUAAGGAUUAGCAAAUUGAGAUAUUCUUGCAGGAUAUUGAUAUGUUUUAGGGGGAGAGCAAUAGAUAUCAAGAAUAAUGUACAGUGUUGUAAUAAUAAAUCAAUGAUUAUCAUGAUUAAUUGAAAAGUAUCACCAAAAUUGAAACUGAAUUGAAAGAGUCUUAUAUUGAGAACAAGAAAUUAAAUGAACAACUAUCUAAGAGUAAAAGUGAAAUCACUCGCCUUACUCAAAAUAACAAAUCCCUAAUGAGCAUUAUUUAGGAGUAUGAGAACAAACAAAAUACAGAAUAAGAAUAUGUUUAAGUUAAUGUCCAAGAUUAAAAUAAGGAUUUAAUCAAGGGGUACGAAGAAAAAUUGAAUGACUUGUAAUAGUAGUAUCAUCUAUUGGAACAAACAAAUACCGAUCUUGAAAAAUAACUAAAUUAAAAUGAAUCACAGAUAAUUGAUUUGAAGAGAGAGCUCAAUCAUUAUAAGAAGCUUUAUGAAAAUCUAAACUGCGAGAAUCAACAAUUAAGAAGCAGUAUCAUGCCUAGACCUAGUGCUUUUGGUAAGUAAUUCAACUUAGGAGGGUUGGGAAGAAUGAGUAAAUUAUCUUCUGCAGAAGGUGGUUUCCCAUUAAAAAGUUGUAUGAUAGGUAGGAUGUCGAGUGCGAGAAUGUCAUCAAUUAGAGGAUAUCCGUAGACUAGGAGUAGUUACUUCAAUCCUCUGGAUGACUUACAAAGUGGUGGUCUUAAAAUAAAUGAGAUUGACGAGACUGAUCAACAGGAGCCUGAUUAAUAACAAACUGAUUAAUAGAAGAAAAUCGUAAUACGAAUAAAUCCAAAAUAUGAAGAAAGUGUUUUUGAAUAAAUAAAUGAGGGAGAGGAGGAAAAUGAUUAAACAGUUCAUAAGAUAGAGCCAAAUAAUUAGGAAACACAAAAUUAAUUGUUAUAAAAUUUUGAUAAAUUUUGGAUAGGAUUGAAAAAUAAGAAUUAAUAAGAGUCAAUAUUUGAUCCACAAUAGAUUCAAAUUGAUGAAAACUAAUUAUAUGAAAGAGAUUUUCUGGGAAUACGAAACGAUUAAAAGGUGAAGGAGUAUUUAAGGAUAGAAAAUAAUGUCCACAAAUAAAUUAUCUAGAGAUGUUUCUCUGAUAGUAUUUAUAGAGUUGAUUCAAAGGGGAAAAGGGCUCGAAGAAUUAUAUACUUGUCAGAAUACACGUUCUUUGUGUUCUUUGGAGAGAAGAAACCUAAAAAGCUGAGUAGAAAUUUUGCAAUCAAAGAUAUCAAAGCCAUAAUUUUUUCUGAAACUUCUCCUGUAAUCUGCUGCAUAAAGAUAGCAGGUUGCGAUGAUUUAUUGAUGGAAACAUUCAAAAGAACUGAGUUGAAUAUAUAUUUGACAGAGAUAUUCAAUUCGCAAAGACUGUUGCCAUACAAUAUAGAAUUUUAAUCUGAUUUCAGAAUCAAAUUCUCUGGGUAGAAUGAUGAAGUCAUUUUUUCAUAAGUUUCAAAAAGAUAAGGGUAUUAGGAUCAGGGUAAGGCAUCUGCGUAUAAGGUGUCAACUAAAUAGGGUUGGUUGCAUUUGCUGAAGAUGAAUUUCUUGAAUUCAGAAAGAUGGAAGGAAGUGUUCGUCAUUUUAACCAACGUGGGUCUAAUAUUGUUCAAGAAGCCAGGGGAUUUCGAACCGAUUUUAUUUGUUUCUCUAGUGGAUGCCAUUGUAAUAAAAGAUCCCAUAUUUUAAACUCACUAGCAUCAUCUAUUAAAAAUUCGUUAUGAGAAUUCAGAAUACGAAUACCUUUUUAGUGCAACUUCAGCAAUUCUGAAGGAUGAAUGGCAUGAUGUCAUUUAAUAAACAAUAAUGGAAUAAGUGAGAAACUAGAAAAAAUAAUCAAUAGAUCUAAUGGACAGAAGUAAGGUGUCAAGUAAAUGA